GAGUAGGAUUAGUCCGCGCCACAGAUCCAGACGCAGCGCAGUGUGAUUCGUGAGAGCUGAGGCAGAGAGAGAUACGUCCGAAAUUGAGCGGUAUUCGCGUUAAUGUAACGCCAGUUCAUCUCUCUUUGCUGUCCAUCAAGUGGACGAGUGUCACCCAGGAUUUUACCCAAUUGAGGAUUGUAUUUAUUUGAGCGCUGGAUUGACUUUUUUUCUUGGUCCGCGUUUUCCCGGAGACGCUGCGCUGCAUCGGAUCUAACGGAUCUACCGUUAACCUUCUCCUCAUCUCUGUGUGCCUUCGGUUAGCAGCAUAGCUUGUCUUCUGAGAGCCUUUUCUCUAUAAAUUGGACUAUUGCAAAAAAAAAAACAAAAACAAAAACAAAAAACAACCCAGACCUUAUAUUAUAGCAAAGGAUUCCUUUUUCACUCCCACCUCAUGCGCUGAAAACAUGCUGCUGUCAAAGUUUGGCUCUUUUUCUCACAUCUGCAGCCCGAAUAGCGUGGACCAUUUACCGAUGAAAAUUCAGAUUCAGCCAGUGAAAGUGGAGUCAGAGCCGUUUGAGAAGGUCUAUCAGGUGGGCUCCGUGUUGGGAAGCGGGGGAUUUGGGACGGUUUACGCUGGCAGUCGGAUUUCUGACGGGUUACCGGUCGCAGUUAAACAUGUUGCAAAGGAGAGAGUCACAGAAUGGGGCUCCAUUAAUGGUGUGAUGGUGCCUCUGGAAAUCGUGCUGCUGAAAAAAGUAGGCUCCAACUUUCGAGGAGUCAUAAAGCUGCUGGACUGGUACGAGAGGCCGGAUGGCUGGCUGAUCGUCAUGGAGAGGCCGGAGCUGGUCAAAGACUUGUUUGACUUCAUCACAGAGAAGGGCGCUCUGGAUGAGGGCACAGCACGGGGCUUUUUCCGCCAGGUGUUGGAGGCGGUUCGGCACUGCUACAGCUGCGGCGUCGUGCACAGAGACAUCAAAGAUGAGAACCUGCUGGUGGACCUGCGCACCGGUGAACUCAAGCUGAUUGAUUUUGGCUCGGGGGCAAUUCUCAAGGACACGGUGUACACCGAUUUUGAUGGUACGAGAGUGUACAGCCCGCCAGAGUGGAUACGUUUCCAUAGAUACCAUGGCCGCUCAGCCACUGUCUGGUCACUAGGGGUGCUGCUGUAUGACAUGGUGUGUGGAGACAUUCCCUUUGAGCAGGAUGAAGAGAUCCUCAGAGGACGACUCUAUUUCAGACGCAGAAUCUCAGCAGAGUGCCAGCAGUUGAUUAAGUGGUGUUUGUCCCUGAGGCCAUCAGACAGACCGACUCUGGAGCAGAUCUUUGAGCAUCCAUGGAUGCGUCACGCCGAAGCAUCCAAGACGGAGGAGGGUGACAUCCGGCUAUGUAACAUCAGUACAGACACUUCCAGCAUGAGCUCCAGCAAGGAGAGCCUCUGAAAGAAAGAACGUCUUGCUCUGAAAAAGAGCUGGGACUCAAUGGACUCUUGGUCUGCAUCCCUGCCUUGUCAGGCUUGCAGAUUCCUUUUUUCUUCUUUUGUAGGGAAUCAUAAUUUAUUACAGUUUGCUUUUCCUUUCAAUCUUUUUAUUUUAUUUUAUUAUUAUUAUUAUUAUUAUUUUUUUUUUUUACAAUUCAUAAAAUUUGUUUCCUGGUGGGGAACAUUUGCUGUUUGGGCGGACUUACCAGCACUUGUUGUUGUUGUUGUUGUUAUUAUUAUUAUUGUUAUUAUUAUUAUUAUUAUUAUUAUUAUUAUUAUUAUUUUAUUGUUACAAGGCUGGUUUAUGCAUCUGGCAAGCCUCCUACACAGAUGU